GGCUCUUGUCUAGUCCAAAUUGUAAAUGCUUUUCGCUUCCAAGACUUCGAUCAGCUUCUUAACUUGUCCAACUCUUCUUCGUCGAUCAAAGCAUCCCGUAAAAAUGGCGCAUGUCUCGGUGAGAUCGAAGCUUAUCUGCAGCAACGAGGGAUUGUCGUUCGGCGAGUAUUCGAGAGACCAAUCUCGUCACAUGGCCGCUGGAUCGCCGUUGAUUCGUGUGCGCAGGAGCCGAUUAAAGCUUGACGAGUUUCGUGCGAGAGUUUCGUCGCCUUACUCGUUUUUUCCAAACAGAAAGAAGACUAGGGAUCUUGAUAACGCUGAGAAGAAUCUCGUUAGCGAAGAAGACGCAGAUGAUUGGAACUUGUACGGAGAUGAGAGUGAGUUAGAGACGGAUGAUUUAUCUUGCUUCAGAGGCUUGGUUCUUGAUAUUUCAUACAGGCCGGUAAAUGUUGUUUGCUGGAAGCGCGCAAUCUGUCUGGAAUACAUGGAUAAGGCCGAUGUUCUGGAGUAUUAUGAUCAGACUGUUAAUUCUCCUACCGGUUCAUUCUACAUACCUGCUGUCUUAAGGGUUCCACAUCUGCUUCAGGUUGUUAAAAGAAGAAGAGUGAAAAAUUCACUGAGUCGUAAAAACAUUUUACUACGAGACGACUACACUUGUCAAUAUUGUUCUUCCCGUGAAAAUUUGACCAUUGAUCAUGUUAUCCCCAUUUCUCGAGGUGGAGAAUGGACUUGGCAAAAUCUGGUAGCUGCAUGUUCAAGAUGCAACUCAAAGAAAGGUCAGAAGACAGUAGAAGAAGCACACAUGAAGUUACUCAAGUCUCCAAAGGAACCAAAAGACUAUGACAUUGUUGCCAUACCCUUAACAAAUGCAGCUAUAAGGAUGCUGAGAUCGAGUAAGGGAAUGCCAGAAGAAUGGCGUCAGUAUCUGGCAAAACCCUCUCACGAGCCAUAGCAGUUUCUCUCAGAAAUCAAUGGUUAAAGCGGUCCAAUCUCGUAAAUACAGAAAGCAGUGGCUGGAUUGCAUUUGUAGAUUCAUCUAAUGUAGCUUCAAAAGUUCAGGUGGUUGUGGUUAAGUGUGGAUUCAGAUGUAUAUGAUACGUAAAUAAUGACAUCAUGUUCAAGCAUAAAUAAAUAAUCAUAAUUCAACUA